AUGCGCACCCCGAGGCUCCUUAUCCUCAUUUUAUUUCUCGUCGCGUGCCUUUUCCUUCUAUGCCGGUUCAUCACCGUCGUGUCUGGCCUCGAGCCCCUUGUCACGAACUCUGUGGUACCAAUCAAAGCGACACCGUCCACCUCGUCGACAAACGACGCCUCCUCACCCGCCCGCUCCUCUCGCCUCCGCGCCCUUUUCUUCAACUCGGGCCUCUCGCUUUUCAGCCCAAAUGCUGUAAUUAGCCUUACCGACGACAACAGCACGUCGUUUCCCGCCCAACCAGCCGCUUUUGGGCCCAGACUUCCCGCCAAGGGUCUUAGCGCCCAACUAUGGGUCGGAAGCACCUUCACCGAUGACAAUUUGAAGGAAGACCAGGGAGAAGGGGAACUCGGCUGCAGUGAUAUACCGGGCUGGGAGGAUGGCCGCGGCUCGCUCCUGCCGUCCAAGAUUCCUGGUUCUCGGGGGGUACCACCACGGCACUCUGCCAAUACGGAAAGGCAUCUUCGCCGCGAUCCGGCCUCCGAUGGGACCGACGACCAUAUACAUAACGAAGUUGUCUCCCGCAGGACCGAUACCGACACCCUAGGGGCAUCGCAAGAGUUUGCUGGUAAGACUGUGCUUCUGAGCCGCGGUGGCUGCGGCUUUUACGAAAAAGUCCUGUGGGCGCAACGUCGUGGCGCCACGGCCCUCAUCGUGGGAGAUAACCAAAAAGGACGACCCCUCAUCCAGAUGUACGCCAGAGGGGAUACAUCAAACGUGUCCAUCCCCUCGGUCUUUACUUCUCGGACCACGGCCCAUCUCCUUGCGUCGCUUACACAGCCUGGAAGCUUCGCCGAACGAAUAACAGACGAUGAUGGGCAUUCUACCCUGGGAGUAUUGCAAGCUGCCGGCCUUUCAAAGGGCGGCGAUAAAUCAGGCUGGAUGCGAGGGCUUGGAGACAAUCAUUCUGAGAAGCGACCUGUGAACAACCCACCAAUUCGCCACGACGGCCUCUGGGUCACCAUCACACCCUCCACCAACGGCAACCCUUUUUUCGAUACACUCUUGGUGCUGGUGAUUAGUCCCCUCAUCACUCUGACAAUAGUCUACGGCCUACUACUUGUUCGAGCACGAAUCCGUCGUCGACGGUGGCGGGCUCCCAAGUCUGUCAUUGACCGUCUUCCAGUGCGCACCUACCAAACCGUGUCACCGUCACCGCUUCAGACGCCUAGGGUCCCGUCGCCACUUAGCGAUUCACCCACAACCCCGCUCCUGCAGGAGACCCUCGCUGUCUCAAGGCCCCGCUCAACAACUUCUACCGGUGUCCCGGAGGCCGACCGCCGCUUGAUCAAGACGCUGGAGCCUCAAACAGCUGGGUCGACCCGUCGGUCUGAGCGAGAAAAGGCCUUGGGAAGCAUAUCCAGCGAAUGGAAGAAAUACAUGAGCCGACAAGUGGAAUGUGUCGUUUGUCUGGAAGAAUAUAUUGAUGGGGUUAGCCGGGUCAUGAGCCUUCCCUGCGGCCAUGAGUUCCACGCGGAGUGCAUCACCCCUUGGCUCACCACUCGGCGCCGAACCUGUCCCAUCUGCAAGGGAGACGUAGUGCGGUCUCUUGCGAGAGGUUCCACCUCAAGUCCGAGAUACGAACCCUACCGUGACGAUGAUAGCGAGGAUGAGAGUGAAAGCGAGGGAGAAACGGAAGCUGAAGACGAGGGCGAGCCUUCGGGAUCUAGACUGGAAGAUGAUGAUCUCGAGCAUGGAAUAUACGCCCCGACCCCUCAGAGACGACUCACCCGCGCAGAAGCCUGGCUCGGGAGGUUGGCGACCAACUUCGGCACUACGACACCUUCCGGCGAAUCGUCGCGACAAGGUCGGGACCGGUGA